ACUUCAUUCCUUGCACGAGCUGGAUUCCCUCCUCAGCCUUCAUUUCCUUCAUAACAAUACUAAGAAUAAACAAAUUUUCAAACAAAAAGAAUCCCAAAAUCCGAAGCAUUUUUGAUCAAUUCUUUCCCCUUUUGAGAUUGUAAUGUAAUCCAAAUCCGACUUCCCGAGGUGGACGACCGAUCGUAGUUCGACUUUGGUGUUAUUGAAUACAAAUUUCGUCUUCUUAUGUUCUCUCCGUCUCUGAUUCCUUUCUCUGAGUUGCGUUCUUCGAAUCUCACUCCAUUUUCUCUCUUAUUUGCUUCAUUGCAACGCCGCCCAUUUCUCUGAAUUUCCUAUUUCUUUGGAAUCAGUUCACUUCGAAGGGUUUUGUGAUGGGUUAAGCCAGUGGAUUGAUAAUUGGGAAGCAGGAAGGGAGGAGAUGAAAGGGGAGUCAUCUGGGCUGAUUAUUGGAAUUUCAAUAGGAGUUGUGAUUGGUGUUCUUUUGGCGAUUUCGACUCUCUUUUGCUUUAGGUACCAACGGAGACGUUCUCAGAUAGGAAAUAGCAGUUCCCGGAGGGCUACAACGAUUCCUAUUCGGAUCAAUGGUGCUGACUCUUGCACUAUUCUAUCAGACUCAACCUUAGCUCCAGAGUCACCUGUUAAAUCUGGCCACAAUGGCAUGUCACAAUGGCUUGAUGGAUUCAAGAAAAGUAAUGUGGUUGCAACUUCUGGAAUACUCGAGUAUUCGUACAGGGAUCUGCAAAAGGCUACGUCCAAUUUCACAACUGUAAUAGGACAAGGAGCGUUUGGUCCUGUUUAUAGAGCUCAAAUGGCAGGCGGUGAAACGGUUGCGGUUAAGGUGCUUGCAACUGAUUCCAAACAAGGGGAGAAAGAGUUCCAAACAGAGGUUAUGCUUCUCGGAAGGUUGCAUCAUAGAAACCUUGUAAAUUUGGUCGGUUACUGUGCUGAAAAAGCCCAACAUAUACUUGUAUAUGUGUACAUGAGCAAAGGAAGCGUGGCUUCUCACUUAUACGGCGGGAAGAAUGAACCAUUGAGCUGGGAUCUGCGGGUUCGUGUGGCAUUAGAUGUUGCACGGGGACUGGAAUAUCUUCACGAUGGUGCCGUUCCACCAGUAAUACAUCGGGAUAUCAAGUCUUCAAAUAUUUUGUUGGAUGAUUCCAUGAGGGCUAGGGUGGCCGAUUUCGGGCUUUCCAGAGAAGAGAUGGUCGAUAAACAUGUAUCCAAUAUUCGUGGAACUUUUGGGUACCUAGAUCCCGAAUAUAUAUCUACUAGAAAAUUCACAAAGAAAAGUGACGUUUACAGCUUUGGAGUAUUGCUUUUCGAGCUUAUAGCUGGCAGAACCCCACAACAAGGCCUUAUGGAGUAUGUUGAACUUGCAGCAAUGACUUCGGAUGGGAAAGUUGGGUGGGAAGAAAUUGUGGACGAUCGUUUAGAUGGAAACUUUAAUGUACAAGAGCUGAACGAAGUUUCAUCUCUUGCAUAUAGAUGUGUUAACCGUAGCCCUCGAAAACGGCCUUCCAUGAGAGAUAUCGUACAAGUGAUCUCACGGAUUAACAACUUUAGGCUCGAACAAAAGCAUCAUAGAAAAUCUCUGUCAGCCACGACAGAUGAUGUUUCUAUUGACAUUGACCACUCCGAGCACUUUAGAAAGGAUUCAAUGGACAGUGCUUCUGAUACCCAUGAAAUUUAGAGCAUAGCUUCCCUUUUUGGUUUUUCUCUUGAUUGUUUGUCUUGUGAUUCUAUUCUCUUUGACUGUGUAUGAUAGGUGAUUCUUCCAUUUUUCUUUAAUGACCUUGAAAUUUUGUACAUUACUCAGAAUAGAGAGCUUUGUAUAGUUUCAUCAUUGUAAUGACUCGAGAACUUUCCUUGUGUAGUUUGUGAAUGAAAACAUCAAAAUAUUGUUCGUUUUUGUCA